AUGCCAACCAGAUUAACAAAGACAAGAAAACACAGAGGUCACACUGUUGCCGGUAAGGGUCGUGUUGGAAAGCACAGAAAGCAUCCCGGUGGUCGUGGUAUGGCUGGUGGUUUGACUCACCACAGAUCCAAUUUGGACAAGUACCAUCCAGGUUACUUCGGUAAGGUUGGUAUGAGAUACUUCCACAAGCAACAGGCUCACUUCUGGAAGCCAGUGAUCAACUUGGACAAGUUGUGGACUUUGGUUCCAGAGGCCAGCAGAGACUCUGCUUUGCAGACCUCCACUGCUUCGCAAGCUGUUGUCAUUGACACUUUGGCCGGUGGUUACGGUAAGGUGUUGGGUAAGGGUAAAUUGCCAAACGUUCCAGUUAUCGUCAAGGCCAGAUUUGUUUCCAAGUUGGCUGAGGAGAAGAUCAGAGCUGCUGGUGGUGUCGUCGAACUCAUUGCUUAG